CUCGGAUUAUCAGCCACUGUACUCCCUUAUCAUCCUGGUUCUCUUUCAUACUUUUGGUUGACCAGUGUUCCACACCUUUACGAAUCCUUGGCCCCGCCACAUCAGCUCUGAAGUAUUUAUUGCACCCCAAACCCCACGCUUUUGUAGUGGUUCUCCGGCCCCGGUCAUCUCUCCGUGUGCUACUGCAGACUUGUUCGCCAUUGCUUGCAGCACUUCUCGGCUGUCAGCUUGCAUCAUUCGCCAAAAGAGCUUAGGUAUCGGUCACCUAUCUCUCAACAUAUCCCACAACGACCGAGACCACCAUCAACGUCCAGAGCUCGGACACAGUUCGACCAAACUUUGCCGUGGUCUGGGUCAGUCACACACCCUGCUGGACUUGGCACACCACCCGACACUACCAGUGGGCACCCCGGGUCCUCAACCUCGCCGUGCGCUGCCACUCUACAUCUGGAGAAAAAGUACUAAACUCGACUUCCUCAACGUCCCAACGUCUCAACGUCUCACCGACUCCUGCAGACUGUCUUGCCGAACACAUCACCCUGCAUCACUCUCGUCCGCCAUCAUCCAGUGAAGUGGCGGCGACUAGCGAGAACGGCAGCAUCUUGGUGCCGCUCAUCGGACGCACUACAUUCUGUCUCUCUUGAACCAAGUAAGUCGCUUGCCUUCUCCAUAAGUUGCCGGUUUGGAGAACACCUCUCCGUUUGUCGCAUCGUCAGAUGUCUCCCAUCUACUCGGUCGCAUUGGCACAGGCUCUGCAGUUGUGUACCAGCGAGUGGGAAGGCGACAACAGAUCCUCAAAUACGGACCCCCCGCGGGUCUAAGCUUCUUUCUUGACCACCCACGUUGCGCCUGCCAGUCGCACAACCUUAUUGCAGUACAAGGCACCUACUCGGUCUGCAGUUUUUCACCACUGAAGUGCUCCUUCUGUGCCCCUCUUGGUCCUCAAUACUCCGCACCCACCAGACCAAUACCUCAAGGCUUGAUCUUCAACCAAUCCAACCAAUCUGCAACCCAACAAUAUCAUCAGCUCUUUUGCCGUCUUUAUUGCGAAGGUAUCCUUAGCAAUCAUGGAAACAGACAAGCACUCGCUUGAGGUGCGCGAGGGGAAUCCGCCAGCCCCUGCUAACGGUGAGGAAUGCAAGGCCCCAGUCGAAGGCAACCCCAAGGCAGCUGCCACAGACAAGAAAACCGGCGAGCGAGUGGCUGGCAAGCCAAAGGACAAGAAGAAGAUCGAGAAGAAGUCGUCGAAAGCCAAGCGGAAGAAGAAGGCUGAUGCCUUGCCCUCCUCCGACGAGAGCGCCACCGAUGAUGACACCAGCGAAUCUGACUCCGCCUCGGACCAUGACGAUAGCUCCUCUGAGUCUGAGAGCGAGUCCAAGAAGAAGCGGGUGACAAAGAAGCGACACGAGGCUAGUAGGUCCAAGAGAAAGUCACGAAGCAAGAAGUCCAAGAAACCUGUCACAUCGGAGGAGUCCUCGUCUUCAUCCGGCGAAUCUGACUCUGAUGCUUCCAAAGCCGAAACCGAGGAUUGUUCUGAGGACGAGAUGAGCCCACGAGAGGCGGUGAAACAGAUGCACCUUCUUGUGGCGCAAGCGCAACAAUUGGCGCAGCAGCAGCAACACCUGCCACUCGGUGUGCCCCUGUCUUCAUCUCAAGGCAUGCAGUUCCAGAGACAGAACGCCAUGCCUUAUUCUUUUAACCCUUCACGUCAGUAUAACAACGACGACUAUGACGGCGGUGCGCCCCCGAGCUUCAAUCCUCCUCGCAGUUCCAGGAGAGGGCCUCGUUUCGGCCAAACUCCUGGCGGGAGAGGCAACUAUGGUCUGGGAGAUCUGGACGCCGGCCUUUCUAAUCUCCUGGACCCCAACCUUCUCGGCGACGGCAAGCGUCCGACCAAGGACAAAAAGGAGAGAAAGAAGCAGAAGAAGAAGGAGGAGGCGGCAAAGCUCAACUACAAGCGGGUUGACCAAGUUUGGGACAGCUCGAUUCACAACUACAAGCUCCAGGACACGGCCGAGGGUUCGGUUGACUCGCAGUAUCAUGAUUUUCUGUUUCAUGUGCGCAGAACUUUUGAUUGGGAGGGCAAGUAUAAGGCUACCAUUGUCGACAUCAAGAGUAAACUCCUACGCGAGUGCUUGCAGGAUGUCAUGGGCAAUGUUAAAGGCGUGUCAUUGGUGGAGAGCACACCCAAGCUGGACCCCAAUCUACUUUUUCUCUAUCUCGAUGAUUUGAAGACAGCCCUGAAGGGCCUUAAACGGCGUACUUGCAAGGGUGCCAAGCGGGAUCUUAAGAAGGAGCAGAAGCGUCUGGAUGAUAAGCGCAAACACCUGAAGGUCCUGAUCAAGUACCUCGACAAGGACUAUGCGGAGGUCAAGAAGAGGUGGGCGUCUGAAAUCACAUGGUUCAUUCUCGAUAGCUAA